AUGGCCGGCGCAAGUCAAUCUAGCCGGCUCUCCAAAAGAACGCGAGCCGAUGCAGCGCAAAAUCAAACAGCACAUAUAGACGAAAACCAGGCCAAACGGCGUCGGUUUGCAGGAAAAAAGACUGAGAGUGAGGAGGCCGCGGAAUUGCCUGUAUCUAAAGGGUUGCAAGAGUUGACUGUCGUUGAUGGCAAUAUGUCCGUCGCAAAUACCCGCGAAUCUUCACGUACGUCUUGGUCAUCGUCGCAGCUUGGGGCGGGAAAAUAUACCGAUCUGGAGCCAGUUCUUACCGCAGAUGAAGAGUAUUUGUUCCUCGCAGUUGAGACGGCAAUCCAUAUCUACUCUACGGCCACUUCCCAUCCUGUUCGCACAUUACAAGCACAACCAAACCAAAGCAUAAUUGGAUAUAAGCUCUGUCCCAUAAACCAGAACUAUCUCUAUAUGUUUACUUCAACUGGAUCUAUUAGCAAAUGGGAAUGGGUUACCGGAAAGCAAACUUUACAUUGGGAUACAUGCCGCAGAACCAGUUUUUUCGAUGUCAUCGAAGCUUCCGGGGACGACACACGUAUUCUAUUUUAUUCCCUCUGCGAACGGAAAGGUGAUAGAAGAGAAAUUAGGGUGUCCACGUUACGUGAUGGAAAGCUAUUGGAAACAGUUGUUCUCGAAACGGAUGUCCGAGUCACUCAUAUAAGGACUGCACAACAGGGCCAAGCUGUUCUUGCUUAUGGCGGCCAACAUCUUCUUCUCGGUAUUGCAGAUGGUUCUGGUCUUGACAAUGUUGAACAUGCCCAAUAUACGUGGAGACAGACAACCUUGCCUGUGAACAUUACUUCUCUUGAUGUCCGUGAAAACACUCAGCAGAACGCCCAAGAUGCGAAAGCCAGGAAGGCUUCAGAACGAUUAGACCUCGCUGUAGGCGAAACAGCCGGGUCGAUCUUGAUAUAUCAAGAUGUUUUGGCCUUUUUUGCCAACAGUCAAGAUACUCGUGACGGAGGGAAGAGUUUUGCUCCAAGGCGUUUACAUUGGCAUAGAGGCCCUGUUAAUGCGCUGCGCUGGUCGAGAGAUGGGAACUAUGUUAUAUCGGGUGGACACGAGUCAGUCAUGGUACUAUGGCAGUUGGAUACCGGUAGAAAGCAAUUUCUGCCUCACCUCUCUUCUCCGAUUUGCAAAAUUGUCAUUUCUUCCACAGGAAAUUCAUACGCAGUCAAAUUAGCGGACAACUCUAUAAUGGUCUUGUCAGCAAGAGAGCUGCAGCCAUAUGCCACUGUUACAGGUCUGCAGGUGUCCCCAAAGAUGGUCAAACUCAAAGGUCAAUGUGGCUCAAAUGCAUUAUCAAGCACCACGGCAGCGGUCCUACAUCCUCAACAUCCUGAUCAACUGUUAGUGGCGGUUCCGGCUUCCCGCCAGAUGUCUCAAGAUGGCCAUUGUUCGGCGAUCUCACCGGUCCUUCAAACCUACAACAUUCACACAAACAACCAUAUUUCGCGGCAAGCCCUUGCACGGACCAACACAACCGUCCUUAAAAUCAGUCCGGAGGGGUCAGAAAUUACUACACCAGACAUUAAAUUCUUGGAUAUAUCUCAAAAUGGGAAUUGGAUGGCUACUGUCGACUGCUGGAGCCCGUUCCCUCAAGAUAUUAAGGCUCUUGGUCUUAGCAACACUGGGGAUGGUAGAACAAACAGCCACGAGGAGACCUUCUUGAAAUUUUGGAAAUGGAAUAGUGUGUCAAGUUUGUGGGAAUUGGUUACUCGCAUCGAUGGACCCCAUUUCUUGGACGGUGGCCCAACGCCUGUUCUUGGCCUUGCUUCUCGGCCCCGCAGCAAUGAAUUUGUAACCAUCGGGGCAGAUGCGGUAAUGCGCGUUUGGUCUCCAAAUUCGAGACCGCGCAGCGGAUUGCAAACAGGGCCCAAUGCGGCGCAGCAGCUGGAGACUUGGAAGUGCCGGAAUAUAGUCGACCUUAAAGGAAGCUUUGGCCCAAACAAAACCGAGCAUCUUAGCACAGCCUGUUUGACCUUCUCCGAAGAUGGCUCGGUGCUUGCGGUGUGCCUACCGUCAAUGUCAACCGCAAACCCUGGUCCUGUUCUUCUGUUAGAUGCACAAAGGUGUACAAUUCAUUACAGUAGACCUGGUGCAUGCUCUGAUGAUCCAUGUGCAGUUAGGUUUUUGGGACGUCAUCUUAUCGUUGCGUCGAAGCGUGCAAUCUCUGUGUGGGAUACGGUUGAUGACUUGGUUAGGAUUCCGGCGUCGCCGAUUGAUGGUUUAUCUACUGGGAGAUCGCAACCACUUUUAGCAGUCAGCCCGAAGACGCGCACCUUUGCAGUUGCCCUGCACGAUUUGCAACAUAUGAAGAAAUCCCGCACUGCGCAUUUCCAUGUUCAAGUAUACGAUAUCGAGUCAUUGCUACCAGUGUUUUCCUUUAGUGUCGGGAAGUGUCCACUUGUGCUAACCUCUGACCCGCGCUCUGGUGAUUAUAUCAUUGUGGAUGCCGGAGCCUCUGUGCAGCGAUUUGGCUGUUCUGAUAGGGCUCCUCAGGCCACAACCCCCCCUCGUGAGCUACCUAGCCGUCUCAGCUCUGGAUUGGCGGAUUUAUUCGGAAAUCAAACUUCUGCUUUACAAAGUACGAUCACGCUUGAUACGGAGAGGGCACCUUCACAGUCUGGAGGACUGUCUGGUGUUUUUGGUGAAGCACCCUCGUUUGUUUCACCCCCGGCCAAUGUUCUCUUUAGGAAUGUUGUGCAGUCUUUAUCUGUUAAGUGA